GGUGAAGACAUGGGUAAGAUCGACGUUGGAUGAAAUCCUGAUGAUGGGUGACUUAUUGUAUGCUAAAGUUAAAUCCGACAAGCCAAUAAUAAAGAUGAUGACAGCGGCCGAUUUAAAUAAUAUCAAAUUCCAAAUAGAAAAUCGUGAACUAGUGAUAGAUGUCGAUCUGAUUACCGUGACCGGUACGAUUACCUCGAAGGUGCCGUCAGUUUUGAAUCUGAAACAGGCACUAGAAGAGUUUUUUCUGCUAAACGAGGAAGGUGUGAUCGAAACGACUUCAAUGGCGGUGGCAAUCUGGAGCCAGGAUGAUUGUUACUAUUUAUUCGAUCCUCGAUAUUGUGAUGCCACUGGGAUUAGGAUAAGAGAAGAGAAAACUGUUGCAGAAAAGAAGGAGGAAAUUAUACAGAAAGACAAAAAGGAAAUAGGAAAUUGUUGCGUGAUUCGAUUUCCAGACUUAGACUCCUUGACUGCACUGUUCUUGAAGAAUGUUGAUCCUACGAGAAAGAACGAUCGGUUCACUAUUCGACAUGUUACGAUUGUGGAUGAUGUGCCUGGCACUCGAGCUUGGAACGAGUUUCAACCCGGUAUAGCAGGAAAGACGUGGGUGUUACGAGGUGAAAUAUCCAACAUGGAUGAGUUAUUUGAAGAAGAAAACCAAGGAGUUCAAGGUCUCGCUAUGCCAGUUGUGGCUUUGGUUAGCGCGACGGAAACGCCAGCAGCAAAAUGGAGUAAUGAAACCAUCAAUGAAGUGAUCAGGGAAGGCGACGCUUAUUACAAUUGGACUAAGCCUAUCACAAUGGAAGAAGAAGCUGAAAAAUUGCUUCUUGUCCGAGAUCUGAAGAAAAAUUUAUAUUUCAAAAAUCAAAAAGUAAUUAUUGAUAUCAAUGAUUCGGCAGUUGUCGGUGAUCUAUCAGCAUCAGAUGAUUCUAAAAUACCAAACUUGGAAAAAGGCUUAAAUCAAUUCUUUGAGGACAAAAAUUAUGGAAUAGUCGAGACGAAGGGACUCUCAGUGGCAGUAUGGAAAGACGAAGAAGAGACAAAGGACAAGGAUAAAAAAGAGAUAUUUUAUUACUACUUCGAUCCAAAUCCUCGUAAUAAAUUAGGUCAAUUGUCAGCGGAGAAAGACGAAACAGAUUCUGCCUGCUUGGUGCGAUCUUUGGACCUCUCAGCGUUAGCAGAUCUCAUUAAAAAGAAUGCGGAGUACACUGAAGGCGAGAACGAUUUCAUGAUACACGAAUUAAAGAAUGUGUCUAUUGGCCCACUUAUGACGGAUGAGGAGAUUGAAGAAGAUAAACUAAUACCGAUUAUGCCGAAUUUGAACAACUAUUCGAAUUUGGGCGAGACUGGCGCUUUACUUUUGGGUACCAUCGAUCAAAGAAAUGAAUUGGCCUUCAAACGAAUAACGAGAGAUAAACAGCAAGCUGCUAACGCUUUGACAACCUUGGCUAUGACAAAACUUUACAAUCCUCAUUUAUGGUACAGUGAACUUGUAGACGAUAUCUUGAAAAUUGGCGAUAAACUCGCCAAUGACAAUUUGAUAAAUCUACCUGAAGAGGCUGAAGAGGAAACUCCCAGAAAUUAUCUUCUUCCUGUGGAAAUCACAGAAGACUUUAUCAUAGGAGUCAAUCGAAUGUCAAUUGGAUUGGAAGAAGGAUCUGUCACCGGAAGCAUGACUGAUGUAAUAAGCUUACUCGAAGCAUUUUUUGAGGAAAACUCGAUGGGAGUGUUUCGUCAGGAUGACGUAAUAAUGCCGAUUUGGAGAGAAGGCGGAGUGUUCUUCACGAUGGAUCCUAGGGGUAGAAACGCUCAAGGCGAACCUGUAGAUGAGGAUGGAGCUGCAGCAGUGAUGUGGUUCACUGAUAUCCCCUCGUUAAUUGACGUUAUUCGAACAGUUGUACGGGAUGUCGACUUCGUCAUCGACACCAUCUCAAUCGACAAUGUGUACGAGACGCGAGUGGCCCAAGCCGAACGCGUGAAGAAGACCACUUCCGGUGAAGAUCUGUGGCAUCAUUUUCCCAAACUCGCAGACGGUGUCUGGAGCAUCGACGGUAACGUCACUAUGACAGACGAGAGGUUCGACGAGGCAAAUCGUGGCAAACAAAGUGCGGCCAUCGCUGCGAUGGCUAUCAUCUUUUCCAAGGUCUACCAACCGAGACAGUGGACACCGUCAAUUCUCGAUCAAGUUAUCGUUACUGGCGACAAACUACAUUCAAAGAGCGUUGAGAGACUCGGUAAUGGCUCGGUACUCUUAGUGAACGAAAUCAUCAAUGAGUUUUUCCUGUCUUCUCGGCGUAUCGCUUUAACAAUCAAGGAUUGUGUUCAAGCGGGUAGUCUUACCGGGCAAGCUCCUAAGAUUCAAGAUUUACGAAGCGGAAUCAACAAUUUCUUCGACAAAUACGAAGCUGGCGUAUUGACUAUACGAGGAAAUAAAAAUUUAGCCAUAUGGAAGGCCGAUGACGCGUAUUAUGUUCUAAUACCCAAUCAGUCCAUUACUACGGAUACGAAAGAAAUCGUGUCAACGGUACCGCGAUUAAUUAGAUUCAAGGACACAAGUCUCCUCGUAGAUUAUCUUCUACGCUAUUUGGGAACUGAAGACGAUUAUCAGAUUACUGCGAUCGACGUGCUGGACUGGACUAAACCGCCACUUUGGAAACUUGAUCCUAGUCCGGCGAUUCGACCAGCGAACCUGCCUCCUUUGAACGCUUACAGAAAAUUACGGGGCGAGGCGCGUGCUAUCUUGCGUGGAAGCUAUCAUCAAGGCGACAAGAUCUUUCCCGAGACGUUACGCGGUCGACAGACGGCGGCAAAUUGUGUCGUUGCGCUCGGUAUGUCAAUCGUCAAGAGUCCCAUCACCUGGACGAAGAAGACUAUGGACGAGAUUUUGGCAAUCGGUAGUAACGUUCAUCAGGAGACAAGAAAGAUCAAACCUGAAUCGAGAUUGAAACCGAAGGACAUUAUCAGAGUAUUCUAUGUGGGUGUCAAUGUUUUGACUGCUGACAUCGAGCCUAAUACCGUAAUCGGUCUGGUGGCGAUUGAACCUUCCGUCUCGGAAGAUAAAAAGCAAGAAGAGACGAAAGAAAAGAUUGACGAAGAACUCAAGAAGAGAACGACUCGGCGAGAACUACCUUCUUCAAUUUUAUUGGAGGAAGGUUUGCGGACAUUUUUUGAAGAUAAUCGUGCUGGUAUUCUAAUAACUGAUCGCGGUAUGAUAGCUAUUUGGAAAGAUCUGGGUGUUUACUUCAUGUACGAUCCUAGAGCUAGAAACGAUCAGGGUCUGCCAGAUUCCAACGGAACUUCGUGUAUAAUGUGGUUUGCUUGUCUGGAACCUUUAUACGAUACAAUCUUUGCAAACAUUGAUCCUCGUGAGAGAUAUGGGACUUUCGAGAUCUGUCGAGUGAUCAUAAGGAACGUCAUAAUUGAGACAUUGCCGUGUCCAGGUGGUUUCCAACCAUAUUUAGAUCGUAUCGCGCCACUCGUUCCAAUUAUCUGUCCCAAAAAGACAGUUACGUUGAAUGUGGAGCCGCUGAAUGAGUACAUUAUCGUGGACGACGAACUGAGCAUUCUGCAUGGCAGCCUGCACAUGAAUCAUCGUACCUUCAGUCUGAGAAACAGGGGUUUGCAGAGUACGGCAAUUGCGGCGGUCGCCGUCGUAGUGGGGUUGCUGCACGUGCCAUCCACGUGGACUUCCGAGCUAAUUGAUACCGUACUCAAGUACGGUGAUUCGCUGUACUUGGAGAGCGCCCGAGCCGCUCGACCGGGCGCCAGGAAUCUCUCACCUAGUGAGUUGCUCACCGUGUUCAUCGUGGGUGAUUUGAGGGUCACCAUUCACGUUCAUAAUCAUACCACCGCCGGGAUACUUCAUGUCUUCGAUCUCUCCGAGGCGCUCGCCAUGUUCUUCCGCGCGAACUGCGCCGGAAUAUUGCAUACAACCAAUCUGACAAUGGCUGUGAUGCAGCAUUACGGUAAAUUCUAUAUGUUCGACCCGUGCUCGAGAAACAAUCGGGGUAGAUCUGCCUACGACGGCGCCGCAUGUAUGUUCAAGUGUAACAGUAUCGCAAGGAUGGCAAAGAUAUUCGUGGACAAUUGCAAUUCGAAGCAACCGAAUAUAUAUACUCUGAACGCGAUUAACAUAUUGAGCUUGCAUUUUUUUUCAACCACGAAAGACAUUUGUUCACCUAAACAUUAA